CCGCCUGUUCCUAACAACCCACCCCUCGGCCAACGUCGUAAACUCCCGCCACGAACACGACCACCACCGCCGCUCGUGGACGAAUUCAUCGAUCUGGUGGAGUGCUGUGAUGAGGAUGAUGCUCCUGGUAAUCAGUCCGAGAGACAGAUGACCCCAUUGGUCACUGUCGCCCGACCAGACUCCACACCACCGCCCGAUCUGGAUCAAAUGGAAGAGGGUGGUGGCGGUGGUAGAUCACCGACUGUCGACGACCAUCUCUCGGAAGUUGCACAACUCUCUUACCCUGCCUGCCUUUCAACACCAAAUAUACAUUCGACAACGCACCACAACAUCCUCUACGCCGUCUCUUUUUUGAACAAAGUCUCCCCCCACACCCUGGACCUUCAGUUCCCGCACAUUGCUGUCUUGUUCAUUCACUAUAAGUCAACUGGCAGAAAUGGCUUUGCUGUGACUAGGGGGGAGGAGGUUAUCAUUUCCACUAGUCACAUGCCCGGACCACAAAUGGCUUCUGUUCGUGGCUGA